AUGAUUACAUCUUUAAACGAUAAAUUGCGUAAAGAUGGUGAAUUAAAAUGGAAAUAUGAAGAUAAAAGUAAUGUUGAAUGUAUAAUGAAUUAUAUCAAAGAGCAAGCAUUACUACAUUUACCGGAUCCUACUCAGUCAUAUAAACUUGAAACUGAUGCUUCAGAUUAUGCAAUAGGAGGAGUACUUACUCAAGAAAAUAAGACGAUAGGAAUCUACAGUACAAGUUUGACAAAGUUAGAAAGAAAUUACACAGUAACUGAGAAAGAAAUGUUAGCUAUCAUCAAGUCAUUACAGCACUUUAGAAGAAAGGUUUACGAAUCUCAUGUGGAUGUAUUCACUGACCAUGCUAAUUUAUUGUACAUUUCAACUGAUUUAGAUAAGAGAGUGUACAAAUGGAAAUUAACAUUAUUAGAUUAUGAUUAUCAACUGAUAUAUAAGAAAGGAAAGGACAAUCAAGCUGCUGAUUACUUAUCCAGACUUAAUUUAAUUCAAGAGAGUAGUCAGGAUAUUCAUUCCAACUCAACUUCAUGUAUUUUACCAAAAGAAGGGUUUAAAAAUUCAAUAAUUCUUAAAAGUUUAAUUGGAAAUGAAAAAUAUCUUAAGGUAAAUAGUAAAGGUAAAAUUGAAAUACCUAAAGGAUCGAAAAUUGAUUUAAUUAAUGAAGUUCAUCUUAUACUACAUCAUCCAGGUCCAAAAGUCAUGCUGGAAAAUAUAAGAAAAAUUAUUAAUAUACCAUCGUUAAAGAGUAAAUUGUAA